AUGUUAAAUUUGAUAUUACUGUACAACCAGACAGAAGACCACAAGAAAGGAGAGAGUGACCAAGGUAAAUAUCAAUUUUAAUUGUUGCGAAGAUAGUGGUGGAGGAAAGGUAUUAAUACGGUUCCCGCAUGGCAAGGUUAAAUAACCUUGAACCCACAAACAUUAAAUGUAAAAUAACCCUUAUUACUAACUGAUUAUUAUACCAGAAGUUCAGAACUUUCGCAGAACACUCCAGGAGAGAACAGCGAUGAGUCGCAGCCAUACGGCCGUGUUCACGGCGACGUGGUGAUGACAGACUGCACUGCAGUUUCAUACCCAGAGCUAUCGUCGGAUAUAAUUCGAGGCCACCUUCUAGCAAAUUGCAACGUCAUCGAAGCUUGGGUAGACUUCAUUCCUUUGUGGAAAGAGUGGAAUAUUGCAGCAGCAAUAGCAGCGAUUGGACAGUCAGAUCGGGUUGUAACUUCGCUAGAUUUUAGAGUAAUACUAGUAACAUUGAGUCAGUCGAAUACUGUAAAUGAGAGACAAGCAAGCGGUGAUGAAUACUCGAGACAAUACAACUCAAACAGUAUCCCACACACCAACCCUAAUCGGAACUACGACUCGAUCGUCGCAGCAAUACGCAAAGAUUUAGAAGGAUGUGAUCUAUGA